UUUCUCUCCUCACUGCAGGGCGAGGGAUUGGCUUUACCCGUCUGCGGACUCCCUUCUGCCGUGGGGAGCAUGAUGACGGCCAUCCUGGAACGUAUCAGCACCUUAUCCGUCAGCGGGCAGCAGCUCCGCCGCCUCCCCAGACUCCUGGAGGAAGGCUUCCCCAAGAUGCCCUGCACUGUCGAAGAAUCCGACGUGCCCCAGCUCUUCCGGGAGCCGUACAUCCAGACGGGGUACCGCCCCAUCGGCCAGGAGUGGCGCUACUACUUCUUCAGCCUGUUCCAGAAGCACAAUGAGGUGGUCAACGUCUGGACUCACCUGCUGGCGGCCUUGGCUGUGUUGCUGAGGUUCAAGGCCUUUGCAGAAGCAGAGGAGCUGUCCUUGGACAUCUCAUCCUUGCCUUUGUUCCUCUUCGUGCUGUCCUCCCUCACCUACCUAACCUGCAGCCUCUUGGCCCACCUACUGCAAUCCAAAUCGGAGCUGUCUCACUACACCUUCUACUUCGUGGACUACGUCGGGGUCAGCGUCUACCAAUACGGCAGCGCCCUGGCCCAUUUCUACUACAGCGCGGACCAAGCCUGGUACGACAAGUUCUGGCUCUUCUUCCUCCCCGCGGCUGCCUUCUGCGGCUGGCUCUCUUGUGCUGGCUGCUGCUACGCCAAGUACCGGUACCGGCGCCCCUACCCCCUCAUGAGGAAGAUGUGUCAGGUGAUCCCAGCAGGGCUGGCGUUCGUCUUGGACAUCAGCCCAGUUGCACACCGGGUGGUCAUGUGCCACUUGGGGGGCUGCGAGGAGCAGGCUGCCUGGUACCACACCUUCCAGAUACUGUUCUUUCUAAUCAGUGCUUAUUUCUUCUCCUGCCCAGUCCCCGAGAAGUAUUUCCCGGGCUCCUGUGAUAUAAUCGGCCACGCCCAUCAGAUCUUCCACAUGUUCUUGGCCCUUUGCACGCUCUCGCAGCUGGAGGCCAUCUUCCUGGAUUACAAGAUCAGGCAGGAGAUUUUCCUGAGUAGACAUGGACCCCUCUCCAUCUACCUGUCCUGUGCCUCUUUCUUUGGCCUGGUGGCCUGUAGUGCCAUCACGGCUCACUUCCUGCAGUGCAGGAUCAAAGUGGGGCUGGCUAAAAGAGACUCCUGAGAGACCGUUGCGAAGACUAGACAGACACUGACUGGCUGGUACUGAUUCGGUGGAAACCAGCGGAGGAUAAUUUAUAGAGACAUAACAAAUUGAUUUCUAUUGAGUAUUCGACUCCUGCUGAUGCCAGUGGAGUGGACGUACCAUAAGGAACAAUCCCACCCUGGCAGAGGAAUGGACUGGAUGGUGUAAUAGGCCUUUGCCCUCUGCUGCGGGAGCGAGCUGUCAGCGGAUCAUAUGGCUCUAGGGCAGUGCGUAACCCUGACACUGUAGUAUAGCCCUCCUGUAAUAUGGAAAUGAGGGUAGCAGACCGUUAAAUAUUUCAUGCUGAUAGUUAUGGGUCAGUCCCUUCUACCGUCCCAAAUGAAUGACAAAGGUUUUGGGUUGCUUUGAACGAAUUCGCCAAUUGGAUAAGUCCCUUCCUUGUCUACUUGAGUGGGCGAUUGGAGGCUAUGAGCCGGAUCUCCAGCUGGUGUGAAUUGGAAUGACUGCACUGAAGUCAAUGGCGCUUACAUCAACUGUCUAGGAGGCUCCGACUAAGUACAGUCCUCACAGGCCUAACUGGUAAGCACUUGUCUUGUCCAUUCUGUCCUCUCCCAGUGUUAAAUCCCAGUUCCCUUGUAGUAGAUUAUACCACUGCACUACCCAUGUGUCUUGUGCAAUAUCUUCACACCCAAAUGGUCUGAUCAUCACCUGGUGUAAAUCCCCAUUGACUUCAGUGGAGCUGCACUGAUUUACUCCAGCAGAGGAUCUGGCCCAUCAAAUCCAAGCAAAACUGGAUUACUUGAGUUGAAACUGACCUUGGAAGUGAGGCUUAGAGAUGUGACCGAAGGUCAGUCACUACAAGCCUGAGCUUUAGUGUUUGGUCUGGUUUGGGGGAUUUUUGAACUCUCUUUCGUGUGUGUUACAACUCCCAGAAGGGCUCCAUUUUGCUUUGAUAUUAGCAAACCCUUUUGCAGGGUGAGGGUCAGUCAGGGUGGGAAAUGGUUCGCUGGUGGAGGGGAGCAGUAUACAAUGGCAGCUACCGAUGCCUGGACUCUUUGAAAACCAAGCCACUAAUUUAGGUGCCUUUCUGUAGAUAAGUGCCUACAUCUGGGCACUCUAAUCUGAAACUACUGGCCUUAAUGACAAGUUAAAUACCUUUAUGGAGGUGCGGGGGAGGGGAUUGGCUCAAGGGGGAUUAUGCUAAUAGGAUACAGAGGCUGUGAACUCUGCGUUCCUGAUUCAAAUUCAGCCCAGGUUGGUAACGAUAAAAAGAUGUUUAUAUGAGAGAGCUGGUCAGGGGCCUUUGUAAAAUUACUUGUUGGUCUCUUGUCAGUUUUGGUGAAGAGUCCAUCAGAGCGGAUUUUCUUCUUUCGCCUUGUUUACACUCUAAAGUUGAACCACUGUAAUUGCAUUGGGUUAAAGCAGUACAAGCCCUCUAGUGUGGAUGCAAUUAUAGUGGUGUGAAUGUGUUUCUGUAUAGGGAAGGGAAUAAAGUAUUCUGGUAUAAGGCACCUUUGUACAAUAUAACUGCAUCGACAUUAGAAGUUGUACCAGUAUAACUAUAACAUCCCUACCCUAAAUACUUUGUUAUGCUGGUACGAAAUCUUUGUGUAGACCAAGUGUUAGCUCCUCUAAAGGAUUUAAACUAGACUGCACACUGUGUCCCAACAGAGGAGGAUACACCAACCCAUGCCAUCUCCGUGCAAGUGUUUGCAAACCACAGAGGACAAGAAUGUGCAUCGCUCUUAAUGGAAGGACUGAGCCUGAUGCUUUCUGUGACACUAUAUCGCCACCUACUGGUGUCACAAAGCAACUUAUUUUUUCCUGUUACCUUUCCUCCCCGGUUGUAUUUUUCAGUGUUCCCAUGUUAACUCUCAGUCUGAGCGGUUACCCCCAUUGAUCCCUGCAAAUGAGACCAGUGACUGACCUCCUCGGGGAAUGAUGGGGCUGACUUUGCAGGGAAGUACUGACCAACGCUGCUUUUCAGAUAACGUCCUAAGGACACAGGGUGCUUCGUCAACACUGGAGUUAGUGCCAUCCCUGCCGUCUCCCAGUGAGAGAGCCAGUCUUGUCAAACCCUCCCUCUUCCCAAGUUGUCUUGUACUCGUGCCUUACACAGCUGGCUGGAGAUUGCUCAUGCGGACCUUGUAUGUGUGCACUCCUGGGCUGGCUAGGAACCAGCAGGACGCUAACAGUGCUACUCUAAACCCAAUGAAGUCAUCGAGUCUUGCCUUUGACUUCACUGAGGGUUGGUCCUAAGAGGACGUAAAUGCCGUCAUGUUCGGCUGUCAGCCUGUUACUCCUGCCACAGCUCCCACACGGCCACUUGCAACAGGUCUUCCUCCCGCUCCUAGAGUCCUUUGCGCCGGGUCUGGGUCCCCCCACAAGAAGCUCAGCCAGAACUGAUGCAAUGGUUCGUAGGGUAUCUGAUGAUGACCUGGGCGCAAGAGGUUGAGUACGUCAGCUUCAGCAGGUUGGCCAUGGGAAACGGGGUCACAAACCUCCUUGGGGGACAUGACCCUCAGGUGGAGACCAAGGGCCAAGUCUUUAACAGGUGUGGAUCAGUGUUUCUCACUGGAACUAUGCUGAUUAGCACCAGCUGAGGAUCUGGUCCAGCAUAUAUUACGCUGCUCACUCUUCGGACUUGCUCAUUGGGAAUGAGCAGGUUAGAAGCAGCAUCUUUACCAUCUGCAGCCUCAUGAUUACACAUACUGGUUGAUUUUUUUACCAAGAGAGCUGCCUUGGUAUUGAGGGUGAAGGCAGAGGGGGUCAGUUAACCAUGAAUUUACUUUGAGUGCUUCAUGUAGCAGAACAGGGGUGCCUGCUUCAGGCUACACAUGUGCCUUGGUAUUUACAUCUCGUGCUGGCUGGGUUUUAAAAGCAUUGCUUCCUACUAAACAUGAGUAGUGAGUUUUGCAUUUUUUUCUUUGGGAGUGUGGGAGGGGUGGGAGUAUUAUGCACCAACUAUCCCCCGUUUGUCCCCCAACUUUGUAUCGUUGAGACUACUGAAAACUUUGUACUGUAUUGACAGCUGUUCAAAAUCUUCAGUAAUAAAAUCUAUAAAAGCAAGACGAAGGGGUGCAACAUGAAAUCUGGAACUCCACCAACAAAAGGGGGAAUGUUACGGUCAUGGCUGUCAGUUGUUCAGCAGAAAGUUUGGCCUUAAAGAGUUGAUAAUAAAUAAUAAUAAUCAUAAUUAA